UAAGCCUUAAACAGUUAGAUAUUUUCAAAUCUUGUUUAUCAAAACAUAACAAACAACAACGGAAUUCGCUAAAAACCGUAAACCUCUGAAAACAAACACUGUCAUGUUUCAACUCUUCUAUUUAUCUUAGCCAACACUGAUUCUUCAUUGGCCCAUCAAUUUUAUAUAGUCAAAAUUCAAGAAAUAGUUCUAAAGCUUCGAUUUUGAGUGAAAAUGCUGGAGGUUGUGAUUGUAGCAGUUGCUGCUACACUUGGCAAUCUACUUAUUGGAUGGGAUAGUUCAACCAUUGCAGGGGGUAUGACCUAUAUCAAACAGGAAUUUGAUUUGGAGAAGGAUCCAACACUUGAAGGGUUAAUUGUGUCAAUGUCUUUUAUAACUGGAACUGUUGUCACCAUAUUUUCUGGAACAAUCUCUGAUAUGGUUGGAAGACGGCCUAUGUUGAUAACAUCUUCUAUUAUGUUUAUCAUUGGUGGUUUGGUAAUGUUGUGGGCUCCUAAUGUUAUGGUUGUUCUCUUGUCGAGGAUAAUUGGCGGCGUUGCCAUUGCUCUUGCUGUUACUUUUAAUCCUCUUUACAUAUCUGAGAUAGCACCACCUGAUAUAAGAGGACAAUUGAACACUCUUACUCAGUUUGCUUGUUCUGGUGGAAUGUUUUUGGCUUACAUUCUUGUAUUCUCAAUGUCCUUGUUGCCAUCACCUAGUUGGAGAGUUAUGCUAAGUGUUAUUUCUAUUCCUUCUGUUGCUUAUUUUUUGCUGGCUGUGUUUUAUCUUCCCGAAUCUCCUCGGUGGCUUGUUAGCAAAGGUCGAAUGCUCGAGGCUGAGAAAGUUUUGCAAAGACUUCGCCGCGUUGAAGAUGUCUCAGGGGAGUUGGCUUUGCUUGCGGAGGGUCUUAGUCCUGGGGGUGAAGACAUAUCCAUAGAAGAAUAUGUAGUUGCUCCAGCUAGUGAAAUCCUUGUUAACCAAGAAGCAGGAAAAGAUUAUAUAAAAUUAUAUGGACCUAAUGAGGGAGUUACAAUGGUUGCUCAACCUGUGGAUGGACAAGGUAGCAUGCUAUCACGCAGUAUGUUAUCUAUGCAUGCAUCGCGAAGUAUGUUGUCUCAGCAAGGAAGCUUUGCAUCUCAGGCAGCUGCUAAUCUCAAAGAUCCUAUUGUCAACCUAUUUGGAAGUUUGCAAGAGAGUACUCUCAUCGAGAGCGGUCGUUCGCGCAGCAUGUUAAUUAACAAUGCUGAUAGUUUCUUUAACACGGGAGAUCCAGAGUCUAGCCCGUUCGGUACCAGCGAUAACCUGCGUGCUCCGCUCAUGUCAUUUCAAGGUGGUGCUGAUAGGACUUUUGGAUCUAAGGAGGUAUUGGAUAUGAGGAGCAAUAGCAGUUUGGUUCAUGGAAAUUACGUUGGAACACCAAGAAAUACAGAUAUCGGUGGAGGUUGGCAAUUGGUUUAUAAGUCAACAGAUGAUGCCAUGGGUGGGAAACGAGAAGGACUCCAAAGGGUAUAUUUGCAUGCAGAUACUUCUGCUGCUGCAGUGUCUCAGUCUCCGCAUGUUUCGUUUGUUUCAACUUCUGGCUAUGACAUACCUAUAGAUGGCGGCGAAGCUUUUCAGGCCGCUGGUAUUGUCAGCCGGUCGAUACUUGGAACAAGUGAUGCGUUGAGUGUGCCAGAAACCGCUGCUAAAGGUCCAAAAUGGAGAGCUCUUCUAGAACCUGGAGUCAAGCGUGCAUUGAUUGUUGGAAUAGGACUUCAAAUUCUUCAACAGGCUGCUGGCAUAAAUGGAUUUCUAUACUAUGCUCCUCAGAUUCUUGAGCAGGCAGGAGUAGGGGCUCUUCUAUCAAAUUUAGGCAUCAGUUCAAUAUCUGCUUCUUUUCUUGUAAAUAUAAUUACAACAUUCUGUAUGCUCCCUUGUAUAGCUAUUGCGAUAAGGCUCAUGGAUGUUGCUGGUAGGAGGUCAAUCAUGCUGUACACAAUACCCAUUUUGAUAGUCUGUCUCCUGGUACUUGUGCUGAAACAGUUUUUUCAACUCAGUUCUGUGCUAAAUGCCGCAAUUUCAGCUGUCAGUGUUGUGGUCUACGAAAGCGUCUUCUGCAUGGGUCUUGGUGUUAUUCCCAACAUCAUAUGUGCAGAAAUCUUCCCAACCAGUGUUCGUGGACUCUGCAUUUCGCUUACUUCCCUUACAUAUUGGGUUUGUACGUUGGCCGUCACUUUGACAUUCCCUUAUUUGCUCCAACUGCUUGGUCUUAGCGGAGUCUUCGCUCUAUUUGUUGGUGGCUGCAUCAUUUCAUGGAUAUUUGUCUACUUGAAAGUUCCAGAAACAAAGGGUAUGCCUUUGGAAGUUAUUAUCGAGUUUUUUGCUAUUGGUGCAAAGCCAGGUACUGAUCCUGCAGAAAUAGGAUUGAAAGACUAAUUAAUGUAUGAUAUGAAUAUUAUGAUGACGGUCGUCAUCAUCAAAAACAGAAGUGGCGUUAAUCAUUUGAUAAAUUUAGAACUAUAGUUGGUUUUGAUUCGGACGAAAGCAAGUUUAAGAGGAUUUUGGUGGAAGAUUGAAACAAUAUGUAGCGUUUGAACACAUAUCAGUCGCUAUCUUGAGGUUUUAAGAGAAGUCAAUGUAUUCUAGUAAUUUAUUAUACAUGCUGCAAACAAUGUUUUAGAGUAGUUCCUUUUAUGUUAUUCCUAUUCAUUUCUAGGCAUUUGAUUGUCUGCAUGCUUUGCAAGGUGAUGUGGUUUAAUGAGAUUUGAGGUUUGAAGAUGUUAUAACUUGAGACCCAAGAAUCAAAUUGGGACAAAAUAAGACAAGUCUCAAGAAAGUGUGACAUAUCUAUCAUGGUUCUCUAGAAAGAACCAUGACAAAAAAGGGUGAGAUAUUGUUGUGAUUUGAUUGGAUGCAUGUGUUUCACUAUAAUGUAUUACAGUUAAUUUAUUUUAUUGGUACAAAUAUAACAUUUAAUUUUUAUUACUAA